GCCAGCCUGCAGAGCUCUUCCGGAGGCGGAUAAUCCCCAUCUCUACACGCAGUCCUAAUGCAAUAAGGAAGGAAUCGCUAUAACUCACCUUCAGGGGAACACGUUUUGGAAGCAAAUGCAAGUUUUGACCUAGAAGUCCAGCAUUAGGACGCGCCUGGCCGCGGAGGGACAUGGAUAUUUGCCUUACACAGUAUUGUGUAAUUAGCAAAAACUGAGAGAGAUAAACCGCUCCUCUAUGAUGUGACAGCUGCUGUCGCAUUUCAUCUCAAAUUCCUCAUAGAUCGCGUUGUUUAUUAUCUCAGCAGCAUGCUGUCAUAUAAUGUGAUUUUAACUUUUAUUCUCGCGGCUCUGUGGCGGGUCAGCUGCGUCCCGCAAACUCCGUCUUCACCCGCGACGCACUUGAAUUCAACAUCAUCAUCCAUCAUCAGCGAGGAUGAGCAGACACAUAACGUGACAGAUGCCGCCGUGGGAUCCCGGAUCUCAUCUCUAAUGACGCAUCUGCCAACUCUGAAAAACAUAGUUAUUUUCAUCUGCGUGCUAACAGCUGCUCUCAUCACAUGCCUGGUCAUCAAAGUGGUCAGAUCUGGGAGACGAAUCAGGAAAACACGGAAAUAUGACAUCAUAACAACACCUGCUGAGCGUGUGGAAAUGGCCCCUCUGAAUGAAGAGAACGACGAUGAGGAUGACUCAACCCUGUUUGAUGUCAAAUACAGGUGAAUCUCAGCAUGGACAUCAAUAUUUGAUUGCUUCGUCCCGGACAACUCAAAUGAUUUCUUGUAUUUUUGUGUCGUUCUAAGUCUUAUCAGAUCAGAGACUCCACGUGCUGCUUGUGCAUGGCUUUUAUCUGUCUUUAGAGGACUGGAGCCGCAUGGAUAUCGUUCUUUGCUGCUUUACUGACGCUUCUAUCAUGUGGCUCAAACAACCUGCACAUAUCUCUCUGAUAUUAAAAAAAAAUCAUGUUGUGGCUUCAAAUCAAAAGUCUUUCAGUGAUCAGGCUGUUUGUUAGUGACUUUAGAGUUCAAAAUAACAUUUUCUGUUUCUUUUUUUUUUAAAUUUGACUGUCAUUGUUUUUAAUUUUUACACUUGAGCUUCAGUGGAGUUUAUAGUAGGAACCUGCUUUGAAGCUAUGAUAAACCCAUUAAAACUGAAGACCAUAAGAUUAUUUAAAUGUUAUUAAAAUGCACACUAUAAAGAAUUAAAUAAUAUACAGUGAUUGAUAUUUUUGAUUAAACUUUAUACCAAAUAUAUUUCUAUCUACGAACCACUAGAUUGUGCAUAUAUACUGUGGAAGGCUGUCUGUCCUUAUGUAUGGAGCAAGCAUAUAUUUUUUUACAUGUGUUGUUGUGGACGUUCCUUUUUUUGCUGCUAUCUCAGCUGAAGUUUUAAGGUUCAAAUUUGUUUAAAAGCUCAAAAAAUAAUGUCAGGGUAUAUUUGUGAGGUGUUUAUGGAUUACAUCCAUUUGCUAUGAAUGUAAAUGCUUUAAUCUGUUGUGAUGGGGUGCACAAUCAUGUGACAAUGUCAUUUAAUCAAGUAACCACUGAGCAAUAUCAACACCAGAUGUGAAGCUUGCAGUGAGGUAGUGACAGUAUUUGACAUGUUCGACAUGCUCCCAGUGUCUUAUUUUUUAAAACCAAAACAAUGUUAUGUCACCAUGUAAUAUCUUGUUACUUGUUUGAAAAUGAUCCCCAAAAUUCAAUCCGGUUUCACUCCCAAUUCGUGAGUUGACGAUGCUUGUUCAGUGACCCGUUGGCAUCAGACACUGACGCACUGAGGCAUUGCCCAAACCUAAACAUGUUUUAAGUUUAUUUUGAAAAAUAUCCAGUUAACAAGCAUAAAGCAUACAUUUACAGUUACGCCAUAAUUUUAUUUUGAAAAGAGACGAUGCAUGUAAGGAGCAUAAAUCAACACUCCAACCCUGAAUGUCCAAAACUGGGAGGGGUACCCAGCACAUCAUAUAUGGACAUGACAAGUGUUGAUAUUUGACGAGUUGGAAGUGAGAAUGUGUCUGAUAUCUCUUGUUUGAGAUAAUAUAGCUAUAGUAAAGAAUGGCAGAAGUGAAAAGUCUCCAAAAAAUAAUUUCCAUUAAUGACUCACUGACGCUUUUAAUAUUUAACUUGAAAAGAGUCAUUUUGAAUUCUUGUUUAAAUCAAUCCACAUUUUUUCAAUUGGCAACAUAAACCUAAAGUGGGAUUAAUAUGGAGGUUUUUCCCUGAUUCUGAAAAAAUCGUUAAACAAUUUAAUGCAUUGGAUGAGUUUUAACUUACUAUUAACUCUUUGAAACCCAGGCAAGUUGGCUUGAUAUCUUUCAAGAACAUGGGAAGAAGACAAUGAGCUUAAAAAGAAAUUACCCAAAUUUAUCAAGAAAAUUCGUAUAAGAAAAUCACCUGACAAUGAGAAAUAUUAAAAAAAGAAAGUAAAAAACAAAACCACAACAUUGAAAUGACCUUUGGAGGAAGUGAUUUUCAUACUUCUUUUUAAAUAUAGAACCAUAACAAUUUGAAAUUAAGUUUUCUGUACAUUUCCCCUGGUUUUUUUUUUCUAAAUAAAAAGUUUCUAAAUUUGCUGGACAUUUCUUGUUUACCCUUCUUUUACCCCAUGUUUUCUAAUUAAAUCAAACCAAUUUGCUCAGGGUUCAAAGGCUCGCUUGUAAAAGUCGUCUGAAUGCAGCACGAGAGAAGUGAUCAGGUUUCAAAGAGUUAAAAACAAUGAAAAUCAUGACUGAUUUGUUAAAUACUUUAUAUCUUCAAUGCAAAUACCAAAAACACAACAAUCAACCAAGAGAAGUUAAGUACACAAAAGAAACAGCAGACAAGUUGACAAACCUUCCUUGUCUCUGUCUGCACCCUAAAUAUAAUUACAACAAACUAACAACAUUGCAGAGAGCACCUAGAUUAGGUUUCUGCAGUAAAUGUGUGUGUGUGUGUGUGUGUGUGUGUCUGUGUGUGAGUCUCGUAGGUGACCUUGUGUUUUAAUCCAAGCUGUUAUUUGAUAGUGUACCAUGGCCUCCAGCUGCAGCUGUUUCUGAGUGACCUCCAUCCCUACCCUAGUUAACAGAAAAGACGGCGAUGCCCAACAUUUAUCUUUCCAGGAGAAAGAACAUUGUGUGUUUUUCUUUGUUUGAAACAAAGUUAUUAACAUUCACAGAAGACUGGAUACAUUUAUUGUCACAGUUGUGGAGUGUGUUUGAAUGUCUGAUGAGGUUUUAUAAUCAUAUGGGAUUCAAACUUUUGACCAUAUUUUUGAUAUAAUGUCCUUAAGCAGACUGCUGGCUGUUUCUUGUGUUUUCCUUCAGACUCUCCGACCAGUGUUUGUGUUGUAACGUGUCAUGUUUCAUUCGAGUCUCUCACUGUAUGUGCAGAAAAACUGCAGAUCCAUUUUAUUUGCGCCUCCGCUAAGUUUGUCUCAGGCGAGUCUGUCACCCGUGUACAGUUAUCCUCUUCCAGCGCUUUUCACUUUAUCUUUAGUUGUGCGUGAAAUUGUGGAAAAACCCGGCUCAUCUAAAGAUGCUAAUUCUGGCGCUUUAUUAGAAAUGAAUCAUCUGCUGCAGACAUUUCCUGUUGUAAAAUGAAUCAAAGCCAUUGUGGUAGCUAUCUGAAAGCUGCAGCUAAUUUCCCUCAUCCCACAUUUAAACACACUGUUUUGGAAGUUUACUGAAAACAAGUCCCUGUGUACCCGCAUCUUGUUCGCCCUGUUUCCAUGUCUUUGAAACACUGCUGAAAUAAAAUUGCUUCCUUUGAAGUGCUAAAUCGUUUUAAGA